UUAGUGCACGAGUUUACCUCUAGAGGUCAUCAGGCAGGAUUUACGACUGGACAACAAAAGCACGUGAUUUGAAGUCGUACCCCAUAUUUGGGUGCCUACGUAGGAGGGAACCAAGUACAUGUCCCAGUCAUUUCCAUAAUUCAUCAUAAAUUGUGCAAGGGUGCUAUAGACGCACAAAACGACCAAGAGCCACAAAUCAAGCACACAUAUCAAAAAACAAAUGAGCUCUUAUUUUGUAAACUCAUUUUGCGGUCGCUAUCCAAAUGGCCCGGACUACCAGUUACAUAAUUAUGGAGAUCAUAGUUCCGUGAGCGAGCAAUACAGGGAUUCAGCGAGCAUGCAUUCCAGCAGGUACGGGUACGGCUACAAUGGCAUGGAUCUCAGCGUUGGGCGCUCAGCUUCCAACCACUUUGGUGCCAAUGAAAGAUCUCGCAAUUACCCAGCCACCACCACCUCUGCGUCGACAGAGCCCAGGUAUAACCAACCUGCAACGUCUUCACAUUCGCCUCCACCUGACCCUCUGCCCUGUACCGCCGUGGCCACUUCGCCUGUCAGCGACAGUCAUCACGGGGUGAAAAACUCCAUAGCUAACUCUACCAGCACUUCGUCCAAUUCCAGCAGCAGCACUCACAUAAGCAGAGAGGGGGUUGGCACGUCGUCUGGCACUGAGGAUGACACCCCAGCAAGCAGCGACCAGGCAAGUGCCCAGAAUGACCAAAGCACAGCUCAGCCUUCACAGCCCCAGAUCUACCCCUGGAUGCGAAAACUGCACAUAAGUCAUGACAACAUAGGGGGACCAGAAGGAAAAAGGGCUCGGACUGCUUAUACCCGAUAUCAAACCCUGGAGCUGGAAAAAGAAUUUCACUUCAAUAGAUACCUGACCCGCAGAAGAAGGAUUGAAAUAGCACAUGCUCUUUGCCUCUCAGAGAGACAAAUAAAGAUCUGGUUCCAAAACAGGAGAAUGAAAUGGAAAAAGGAUAAUAAGCUGAAAAGCAUGAGCAUGGCAGCUGCAGGAGGGGCUUUUCGUCCUUAAGAAAUUGAUCAAUUAAAAAGUACUGAGCAGUAUUAGUUGACCCUGCGCAUAAUGUCAGUACUAAGUUGACUUUCUAAAACUUCCUUGUGUUACUUCUGUGAAGAAACCUUGUUCUUGUCGCCCUAAUUCAUCUUUUAAUCAUGAGCCUGUUUCUUACCAUUAUAUCGCGUGUAUAAGUAGAUCUGCUUCCCCUACAUUUCUUUGUCUUGAAUGGCUUUGUCUUGAAAAUUUAGAUGUUUUAACUUAUUUAUAUAAAGCGAGCUGUGUUACUUGAAGUAACUGUAAAAAAGAGAGAGAAUCCCCCUCCUUUAGUACAAAUGUUACGUGUUGCACUCAAUUUGCUUAACUGUGCAUGUGUGUUUAAGUGUUAAUAACUGUAUAGCUCCAAGCUGUUAAAAUAUUUUUAUUCAAACUACCUAUAUAAUUCUUGUGUAAUUAAUGCUGUUGUAGAGGUGAAAUGAUGAAAUACAACUGAACUUGUCCUACGUGUAGUGAAUAGUGAAUCUGUGACGAAAACUGUGAUUCCAAGCAGUAUGUCCUUGCUGUGCCUUUGUAUGACUCUUUGCACGAACUCCUAGAAGUGGCUCUUAUUAAGCGCAGCAUCAGUAAUGUAUGUUUUUGUGAACAAAGUUACAAAUAUAGUCAAAGUCUGGCUGUUUGAGCAAACUGUGAUCAGCUUUUUUUUUUUUUUU